CCCCGCCCCCUCCUCUCCUCCCCUCAGCGGGUGUGAGCCGAGCCGCCUCGCCUCACCGCCUAGCGCCCCCCUCAGCCGCCGCUGCCGCCGCCUCCGCCCGCCGGCCAUGUCCCUCGGCCGCCGCCGCCGCCGCUCGAACGCGGCGCUCCCGCGGCCCAGCGCGCAGUGAGCGCGGGGCCCUCUCGCCGCUCGCCCGCCCCGGGGCCCCCUUGUUCUCAGCGCCGCCGCCGCCGCCGCCAUGUUGGGUUUAGAGCCGCAGCGGAGCCGCCGCCGCCGCCGCCGGUGAGGGAGGCCGAGAGCGGAGCCCGCCCCGCCCCGGGGCCCAGGGAGCGGGGCAGCCUCGGAGCCCGGCCUCUCCCCGCCAGCCGCCUUCCCGGCCCUCCCGCCGUGUGAGCCAGCGAGCGAGCGCCGGGCCGCGGCCGCGCCUUCCGCUCCCGGCCCGAGCGAGCCCGCCGCCCGUUCGUUCCCCCGCCGCCGCGGGGCCCGGCCAGAGCCUGCAGCGGAGCCCACGAGAGUCAGCGCCAUGGCGGAGCAGACCUACUCGUGGGCCUAUUCCCUGGUGGAUUCCAGUCAAGUGUCUACAUUUCUGAUUUCCAUUCUACUUAUAGUCUAUGGUAGUUUCAGGUCCCUUAAUAUGGACUUUGAAAAUCAAGAUAAAGAGAAAGACAAUAGCAGUUCUUCUGGGUCUUUCAAUGGCAACAGCACCAAUAAUAGUAUCCAAACUAUUGACUCUACCCAGGCCCUGUUCCUUCCAAUUGGAGCAUCUGUCUCUCUCCUAGUAAUGUUCUUCUUCUUUGACUCAGUUCAAGUAGUUUUUACAAUAUGUACAGCAGUUCUUGCAACAAUAGCUUUUGCUUUCCUCCUCCUCCCGAUGUGCCAGUAUUUAACAAGACCCUGUUCACCUCAGAAUAAGAUUUCCUUUGGUUGCUGUGGGCGUUUCACUGCUGCUGAAUUACUAUCAUUCUCUCUGUCUGUCAUGCUCGUCCUUAUUUGGGUUCUCACUGGCCACUGGCUUCUCAUGGAUGCCCUGGCCAUGGGUCUCUGUGUCGCCAUGAUCGCCUUUGUCCGCCUGCCCAGCCUCAAGGUAUCCUGCCUGCUUCUCUCAGGGCUUCUAAUCUACGAUGUCUUUUGGGUGUUUUUCUCUGCCUACAUCUUCAAUAGCAAUGUCAUGGUGAAGGUGGCCACGCAACCGGCUGACAAUCCCCUUGAUGUUCUAUCCCGGAAGCUCCACCUGGGGCCCAAUGUUGGGCGUGAUGUUCCUCGCCUGUCCCUGCCUGGAAAACUGGUCUUCCCAAGCUCCACUGGCAGUCAUUUCUCUAUGUUGGGCAUUGGGGACAUCGUGAUGCCUGGACUCCUGUUGUGCUUUGUCCUUCGUUACGACAACUACAAAAAACAAGCCAACGGUGACUCCUGCGGUGCCUCGGGACCUGCCAAUAUCUCUGGACGCAUGCAGAAGGUCUCCUACUUUCACUGCACCCUCAUUGGAUACUUUGUAGGUCUGCUCACUGCAACCGUGGCGUCCCGCAUUCACCGAGCGGCCCAGCCCGCCCUUCUCUAUUUGGUGCCAUUCACCUUAUUGCCGCUCCUCACGAUGGCCUAUUUAAAGGGUGACCUUCGGCGAAUGUGGUCUGAGCCAUUCCACUCCAAGUCCAGCAGCUCCCGAUUCCUGGAAGUAUGAUGGAUCCCAGAGAGUGACCAGAAUGACCAUCUGAGUCCUUUUCUGUCAACGCGUGGUUUUGUUUCCUCUUAGAGCUGGCCUGGUACUUGGAGAUGUACCUGUAUAGGGAACUGACGUGUGACUGGAUUUUGCGUUUGCAGGGAGCUUGUUUGCAGGAGCGAGGUGCUGGAGCCCUGCUUGGUUCUUUCUCUUCCUGCCGUUGUAGAGGCGGAUCCCCUCCUGAAGUGACAGGCCCUCCCCAGCGCUCCUUCCUCCCCCGUUUUUAUGAACCUGCACCAGACUGUUACCUGUGGGGGAUGGAGAUAUGACUGCUUAAAACUGACCACGGCGAGGAGUCGUUCUAUACCUUUUGAACACUAAAAGGAUGAAAAAUAUUAGCAAACCGAAGUUUCUUCAGUGAACCCUCAAGAACUUUGGGACCAGUUUCCUAUGGGGGACUCCGUUUCAGAGAACUAAGACAGAAGAGCUUCUGUCGUUAUAUUCUUUCCUUUUUCUGGAUUUAUUAAAUAUUUUCUGUGGUGUGAAGUGACUUAUUAAAUCCACAGACAUUGAGUGACUUCUUACAACAUACACAAGAAUUUGUUGUAAUGAGUUCAUGUCCACCCAGAUGUUGUGUUGGCAGUGAACAAGGGCACGGUUUUUAUACAUACACACACGCACACAUCAAUAUAUAUGAAUAAACAAGAAUUAAAACCUGCUAAGAUCAUGCUGUGUAGCAGACAGGGACUUGCUGUAAUUUUUAGCAUGUAGAGCAGUUUACUCCGGCUUCCUUGUAUAUGGAUAUGCUGCUGUCUCUCCCCUCCACAACUGAACGUGCAGUUAAAAACCAGUAUAGUAUUCGUACUGAUAUACUCAUGGACUUUUGGGGGCUCGCAUUUGGUUUUGAUCAGUGUAGCCAAUUAGGGAUGAAAAGUUCAAACUUUUUGGCCCUUUUUUUUUGUUUUGUUUUUACAGGCUUCUCCCUUGCAGGGUUUUUAGUAGUUUCUUCUUGAACCAAUGCAUGUAAUAUAGCAGCAGGUGUCUUUGUGCUUUCUGAUCAUAGUAAUGUACUACUUGUAAAUACAUUUUUCUAUUUUCUAUUGUUUUUGUAUUUUUUUUUUUUUUUGGCCUUUUGUUUCAUUGGUGUGCUGUAUUCUCCAUGCCCUCACUCCUUGAAGAAAAAAAAAGGAAAAAGCAACAUGAUCCUGUCCUUGCUGUUGUGAUUAUAGUCUUGGUUUACCUGUGGUGACAACUGGGUAUUGGGGACAAAUGUCAGAUGCCCCUCUGAGCUGGGCCCUACGUUCCAGGCACGGCAAGCUGCUCUGUCCCCUUAGCAUUUGACCGUGUGCUGUGGUCUUUGCUGGAGAGCCAGCGUUCUGGUAGUAACUAGUGUGAUCAUGUCAGCUUGCUUUUGUCUCAGCAGCCCCGGCCUGAUAAAAAAUGGCCCAUUGUAGAGGCUGAGAGAAGCCUGGCUACUUGACAGCAGAGGUGGGAGGAGGGCCCACAUGUCCUGCUCUCUCCCUUCAGCAGGUGACCUGCCUCUGCUUUGACCUGUGCAAUGAACCGGUGUGCUGUGCUUCCCCGUGGACAGAGCUCAUAGGCGGUGCGUGUCACGUGGUCAUGGGGUCAUAAAGUGAUCAGGACGGUGCGUUCCUCUGUUGUGUCUUCAAAUUCUGCUGAGGGCUGUUUUUGUUUUUUGUUUUGUUGGUUUUGUUUUUGUUUUUUAAUAAAUGACUCCUUUCUA